AUGAAGUCAUCGUCCAAGACAUCGUCCAAGUCAUUGUCCAAGUCAUCGUCCAAGUCAUCGUCCAAGUCAUCGUCCAAGUCAUUGUCCAAGACAUUGUCCAAGACAUUGUCCAAGUCAUCGUCCAAAUCAUCGUCCAAAUCAUCGUCCAAGUCAUCGUCCAAGACAUUGUCCAAAUCAUCGUCCAAGACAUCGUCCAAGUCAUCGUCCAAGACAUUGUCCAAAUCAUCGUCCAAGACAUCGUCCAAGUCAUUGUCCAAGACAUCGUCCAAGUCAUUGUUCAAGACAUCGUCCAAGUCAUCGUCCAAGUCAUCGUCCAAGACAUCGUCCAAGACAUUGUCCAAGACAUCGUCCAAGUCAUCGUCCAAGUCAUCGUCCAACACAUCGUCCAAGUCAUCGUCCAACACAUCGUCCAAGACAUCGUCCAAGUCAUCGUCCAAGACAUCGUCCAAGACAUUGUCCAAGACAUCGUCCAAGUCAUCGUCCAAGUCAUCGUCCAACACAUCGUCCAAGUCAUCGUCCAACACAUCGUCCAAGACAUCGUCCAAGUCAUCGUCCAAGACAUCGUCCAAGACAUUGUCCAAGACAUCGUCCAAGUCAUCGUCCAAGUCAUCGUCCAAGACAUCGUCCAAGACAUCGUCCAAGUCAUCGUCCAACACAUCGUCCAAGACAUCGUCCAAGUCAUCGUCCAAGACAUCGUCCAAGAUAUCGUCCAAGUCAUCGUCCAAGUCAUUGUCCAAGACAUCGUCCAAGUCAUCGUCCAAGUCAUCGUCCAAGUCAUUGUCCAAGACAUCGUACAAGUCAUCGUCCAAGUCAUUGUCCAAGUCAUCGUCCAAGUCAUUGUCCAAGUCAUUGUCCAAGACACUGUCCAAGACACUGUCCAAGAAAUUGUCCAAGUCAUUGUCCAAGUCAUUGUCCAAGUCAUUGUCCAAGACAUCGUACAAGUCAUCGUCCAAGUCAUCGUCCAAGUCAUUGUCCAAGUCAUCGUCCAAGAUAUCGUCCAAGACAUUGUCCAAGACAUCGUCCAAGUCAUUGUCCAAGACAUCGUCCAAGUCAUCGUCCAAGACAUCGUCCAAGACAUUGUCCAAGACAUCGUCCAAGACAUCGUCCAAGAUAUCGUCCAAGUCAUCGUCCAAGUCAUUGUCCAAGUCAUUGUCCAAGACACUGUCCAAGACACUGUCCAAGAAAUUGUCCAAGUCAUCGUCCAAGUCAUUGUCCAAGUCAUUGUCCAAGACAUCGUACAAGUCAUCGUCCAAGUCAUCGUCCAAGUCAUUGUCCAAGUCAUCGUCCAAGAUAUCGUCCAAGACAUUGUCCAAGACAUCGUCCAAGUCAUUGUCCAAGACAUCGUCCAAGACAUCGUCCAAGACAUCGUCCAAGUCAUCGUCCAACACAUCGUCCAAGACAUCGUCCAAGUCAUUGUCCAAGUCAUCGUCCAAGUCAUCGUCCAACACAUCGUCCAAGUCAUCGUCCAACACAUCGUCCAAGACAUCGUCCAAGUCAUCGUCCAACACAUCGUCCAAGACAUCGUCCAAGUCAUCGUCCAAGUCAUCGUCCAACACAUCGUCCAAGACAUCGUCCAAGUCAUUGUCCAAGUCAUCGUCCAAGACAUCGUCCAAGAUAUCGUCCAAGUCAUCGUCCAAGUCAUUGUCCAAGACAUCGUCCAAGACAUCGUCCAAGAUAUCGUCCAAGUCAUCGUCCAAGUCAUUGUCCAAGUCAUCGUCCAAGUCAUUGUCCAAGACACUGUCCAAGACACUGUCCAAGAAAUUGUCCAAGACACUGUCCAAGACACUGCCCAAGACACUGUCCAAGACAUCGUUCAAGACAUCGUCCAAGUCAUCGUCCAAGACAUAG